GUCUUUAGCAGGACAAGCUGGGGCAACAAGCGCUUCCGCCAGGCUCUGGAGGAUGGCAACAGAGAAUGGGUUACGCUUAUAGCGUGCGUGAGCGCUUCUAGAAUUGCUCUUCAUCCAGGCCUAAUCAUGGCAAGUGACAGCGGCAACGUCCAGGACGCAUAGGUGCGAGAUAUUAAGCAAUCUAAGCAUCGCGUCUUUGUCACAGUCACGCAGAGCAGUUAGAGCAACAACAAAGCUGGCCUUAGAUGGCUGCAACAGAUCUUUAACAAAGAAACAAAGGCCUCCACAUAUUAAAGGUGGAGGUUACUUAUUAUUAACAGCUUUAGCAGCUAUAUAAGCUGCUUGUUUCUAAUCUAUUGCCAUUAAUACAAGAUACUUGUAGCCAUCUUUCCUCCCCACAGUACUUAUACGCUCUAGCCAGCUGACGUUGUCCUCUUUAAGCCGCUAUCAACUGCGUACUUACAGCAGUUAACAAGGC